GCCAGGGUCAUUCAGUAAGACCCCUCCUCGUUCAUGCCUUGCUUGCGGCACUUGAGGGACGGCCUUCAGUGUCUAGCUUGUGUCCAUCGCAUCGAUAUCGAGGCGAAGACAAUCGCAGUAGGUUGUGAAGUUCAGUGUGCCAGCCAUGAGGGUGGUGUCGAAGUGCAGCGCUCUCCUCUCCGACUUUGAGGUGCUGUCGCUGCUGAAGGAGAUGGAACAAGAGCAGCUGUCUAGCCGCAAAGCAGGCAAUCAAAUGGCGCACACAAUUGAUAAAAAAAAAGAGCGGGCUGGCAAGGCCUCAUUGUCCCUAAAAGAAGAGGAGGACCUCAUGCGCUCAAUGCCCGAGAAUAUCCGAACAAUCCAGUACGAACUCAUCAAUACGCUUUCCGAACGACAUAGAGGCUGUGCGCAACAGACGCCUGAGAUCAUCAGCAAUUUUCUGGACGAGCUCAAAGCAGCUGGCUUCACCGCACCACCUGGGCCGAGAGGGCGACGGCGAGGGAUGCUCACAAAGGCGGAGCAGCUACAGAUCCUCAACCAUUCACCUCAAACACCCGUAGAGCUGUAUACCAUGGUCGACGGCAUGGAAGAACGUCUAGAAGAGCAAGACAUCGAAACGCUUCUCGGCAUCAUCCUCCGGUGCCUUCCACCGCCAGCUUCUCCGUACGAGGAAAUGCUCGUCUCAGACGCAGCAGCUCAGGACGCACAACAGCGUGCCGCGACAGCCGCCGAGCUCGCUGCGCUGGACGAUGAGGACGAAGCGAUGAAUGCGGCCGCGCAGUAUGAUCAAAGCAUCGUUGCCGAUGGUGACGAAUUCAUUCAUGAAGGCAAGACGGAUGCGAUUGAUGAUGAGAAGGAUGACGACGCCGAUUAGCGGGACGGUAAGCGCUUCCCCGACACCGCACAGCUUUUUUCAAUCAUGCACUUGUUGUAUUCUGUCUGUUUUGCACACAUGCCGCUGCUCAGUUGCACCGCCAUCGUCCUUUCUCAAACGCAA